AUGGAGCUCGAGAUCCGUUCACCCGCACGUGAAUACGUUGUUUUAUGUAUUGGUGUGUGGACAGUCGUGGCGAACAGCCUCCCGCUAGCGGCCAUCGUCAAGCACGAACAGCUCCACACGCCCGUGUACAUCCUCAUGGCUAUUAACCUGGCGGCAAGUGACGUCCUGACCGGCGCAACGGUGGUCAUUCUGUUUCUGUUGAUCCACACCUACACGCAGUCUAUCCUCUCUAACACUAUGUUACACUUCAUCUUCACCUCGGCCUUUCUCACUGGGCUGUCCACAGCCUUCGGGCUCCUGGCCCUGACGGCUGAACGCUACUGGUUCAUCGUGCAUGGAAUGACCUACGUCAGCAACGUCACCAACGACAAGUGCAAGGUCGUGGUGGUGAUCGUCUGGAUGUUGUCUGUCGCAUUGGCCAUGCUGCCAAACUUUGGAUGGCACUGCCCAAGUCGUGCCGAGGAGGGAUGCGUUCCGUUGGGCGGAGGGUUGGCUCACGGGUACGUAGUCCUCGUCCAGGUGUUCAUUUUCAGCGCGAUGGCGGGGAUCGUCCUCCUCAACGCGAGCGUGUUCUGGUGCCUGUGGAAGCACGUCAACGCCAUCGCUGACCAAGAAGCCGCGGUGGGCGCCGAGUCGAGCACAAGCAGGAGAUCCGCCAUCACAGUCGGCAUUGUAACCGUCGCGUUCUUGGUGGGAUGGUUGCCGUUGCUCAUCAAAAUGUCCUUUCCAUCGGACGUCAGCGACGUCCACAUGGUGUUCAUGAUAUUAAACUCAGCGAUGAAUCCUGUCAUCUACGGGUUCCGUUUGUCGGAGGUUCGGCGCAGCGUUGCUCGACUCUUCCUGAACUGCAGCGGAAACGACAACUAG